CAGUCUAAUAAGAAGAUCAGACCCAAUUUUGGUCUCCAGCCCGCCUUCCUCCCUUUCUAAUAAAACAAGACCAGCCGAACAAGGUUUUUCGCCGAGCAUUUCGCCGCCGAUCCGACAGUCGCCGGCGAGUGGGACGAAACCGCCCAGUCAGACGCUUUCUCCAAUUUGAUACGUCACCACCGACUUAGGGGUUAACUCUCGAUCGGCGCAUACUAGAGAUGGGAAAGGAGAUGAAUAAGGAAAACAGCAAUAGCCAAUUCUCUCCCUCAACUGUCUUUGUUUCCAACUUGCCUUACUCCUUUACUAACACCCAGCUUGAAGAAACUUUCAGUGAUGUUGGCCCGAUCAGAAGAUGUUUUUUGGUAACAAAGAAAGGGUCUACAGAGCACCAAGGCAUUGGAUUUGUUCAAUUUGCUAAUGUUGAAGACGCAAGUCGUGCUAUUGAGCUAAAAAACAAUUCAAGAGUUGGAGAACGAAAACUUGGAGUCAAACAUGCAGUGCAUCGGGCCCCUCUCAAACAGCGUAAAUCGAAGGGAUCUCAAGAUGAGGCGCCUCAUAAGGACAAGAAUGAGACCUUGCCCGAUGCAUUAGUCAAGCCCGAACAAGAUCUUAACUCUCAAGCAACAGGUAUAGGUAAACAUAGAAGAAAAAGAAAAGCUACAGAGCUUUGCACUGGCCUGCCUGAUGAAAAGAGUUGUUCAGAAAAGCAGAGGGUUGCCAGGACAGUCAUAAUUGGAGGUAUUCUUUCUGCCAAUAUGGCAAAGGAAGUUCAUAGUCUCGCUAAAGGCUGUGGCACAGUAUGUUCCAUUACCUAUCCUCUUCCAAAAGAAGAACUUGAAUAUACUGGGUUGGCUCAAGAUGGUUGUAAAAUGGGCGCUUCAUCGGUGCUUUAUACUAGUGUUAAAUCUGCUAAAACUUCUGUUGAAACAUUACAUAAAAAAGAAAUACACGGAGGAAUUAUAUGGGCGCGCCAACUUGGUGGAGAGGUAAAAUUUUCACUUAAGCAAAUAGUUCAGAAUAUGAUCUGUGGGUUUCCUCCACAAUCAUGAAUUUCGCGGCUCGGAUUUUUUUAAAAAUACAAUUAGGGUUUUCAGUUUCUAUUGCUUAAUUUCUUUGUUUUGUUUUUUGCUGACGAUUUUUCUUGGAUGUUUUCAGCCCCCAUCUCCCGGAGCAUUGUAGUUAUGAUUUAUUAGAAAAUGUGAAUGUGAUCUAUACUCCUAUCCAACUUAAGUCUGAUAUAAACUGUUUUACACUUCAUUCAUUUUCUCCAUUAUGAUCUCCAUGCUUAUGUGGCACUUAUUUAUUAUACAUCUCUAACUGUGUAACUAUUUUGUAAGCUUUAAGUUUAUCUGUGGUCAUUUUUUUUAAUUUUAUGCCAGGGUUCCAAGACUAAUAAAUGGAAACUAAUAGUGAGGAAUAUUCCGUUUAAGGCCACAGUGAAUGAAAUAAAGACCAUGUUUUCAACUGUUGGCUUUGUAUGGGAUGUAUAUAUUCCUGAGAAUGCAGAGACAGGUUUAUCCAAGGGAUUUGCAUUUGUUAAAUUUACGUCCAAACAAGAUGCAGAAAAGGUACACGUCUUAUUUGACACUUUCUUUACCAUACAUACCUUUAACUCUACGUAUGCGUUAAUGUAAUACUUCUCUGUCCUAAAUUUUUUUCUCACUUUCUUUUCUGGGUUGUUCUAAAAUUUACUUCUUGUUUCCUUUGGAAAUAUUUAUGUGGGUCGUAUUUCUUCUCUCACUUCUAAAGCAUGUUCUAUCUCACAAUUUCACUUUUUUUAAUUAUUGUGCCAAGUCAACAUGGGAAGGAAGUUUUAAGACGGAGCGAGUAUUCAAGAGUUUCUGCCAAGAUUUGGAGAGAAGUGUGGGUAAGGUCAACAAAAGUGGCAAAUAUAUAAAGAUGACAACUUAGGCUUAUGAAGUGAGCAAAAAUUUUAAGCACUUUUACUUGAUACUCUACCCGGGGAAAUAAGAGUAUAAGACUUUGACCCUUAAUACGGAGUAUUAGAAUCACAAUAUUGUAUUAUGCUUGUUUUUUUAAAAACCUUUUUGUAGUUAGAAGAAUAGUCUACAACAACCCAGUAGAAUGCCACAUAGAAGAAUAGUCUAGUAUGUU